AUGUCGCCGAGAGUGAAAGAACAAAUCAAAAAGGAAGAACCUGCCAAAGAACAGGAAAAGAAGGAGGGAACCAGUGAUGAAACGGAGCAGUCGUACAGUGUGGAGAAGAUUUUGGCUUCGAGGAAAAGGGCUGGUCGUCGCGAGUACUUGAUCAAAUGGGAAGGAUAUCCUGACGAAGAAGCCACGUGGGAAGCUGAGUGUGACUGUGACUGCCCGGAUGCGAUCGCGGAGUUCAAUCGAAAUACACCCAGUCGGGCACGUGGUGGCAAAGAUGUGAGCACCGUCAUGAUUGGAGAAGAGACUCCAAAACAGUCAAGGGGUGCUAGAAGAGCAACUAUGUCGGAAACAAAAGGAAUCGAAGUGCCAAAACGAGGCAGGCGUCGAACUAUUUCGAACAAUGAGGGCGAGACAUCGGCAAAAAAGACAAAAGUCGCUUCUGAAAAACCAAAGAAGGAAGAGCCCGACCAUAAUGCAAGUGCAACUCAAAAUGGAGUGAGAUCACGUCGAUCCCUGGAUAACAACGACAAGAGCAGUGCACCGCAGAAAAGGCGCUCUUUAAAAGAUCGCAUUAAAUCGGAAUUCUCUGAACGAGGUAAACGAAUCUUUGCCGUUUACAAAAUGGGAAUUGGACGUGUCUUUUUCCAGUGCAAGAAAUUGUACAGUGGAGUAAUAGCUCUGACUGAAAUAUGCCAAGGCUUGUCUGAUAGUACCACUCUUCCCGAAGUGGAAUAUCCUACUGCAACGUCCUAUGAGCCGAUGCCGGCUGCUGCGUUCAAUGGACUGAAGGAGUCAGCAAGUACGAAUCCUGUGAAUCACAUUGAAGCAUCUCUAUGUCGCGUUUGUGAACGUAUUUACGACGGUUCUCAGCACUUCGGCAUUGAGGUUUGUCGAGCAUGUGCAGCGUUUUUUCGUCGAUCAAUCGAAGGCCGCAAGAAGUUCAUUUGUCGUAGAGGAGCUAACCGCUGUCAACUGAAUGGUUAG